AUGGACGAGGCCAGCUGGGUGGUGCUGGAGUGGAGCCGGGACCAGUACCAUGUCCUGUUUGACUCCUACCGGGACAAUGUUGCGGGGAAGUCCUUCCAGAGCCGGCUGUGCCUGCCUGUGCCCAUCGACGUGGUGUACACCUGGGUGAACGGCACUGACCUGGAGCUGCUCAGGGAACUGCAGCAGGUCCGCAAGCAGAUGGAGGAGGAGCAGAAGGCCAUGAGAGAAAUCCUGGGCAAGAACAUGACAGAACCCACAAAGAGGAGCGAGAAGCCACUCGAAUGCCUGCUCACCCACUGCGUCAAGGUGCCCAUGCUGGUCCUGGACCCUGCGCUGCCAGCCAACAGCUCCGUGAAGGACCUGCCAGGCCUGCACCCCUCCUUCCGCAUGGCCAGUGACCUCUUCCACGUGGCCAAGCCCAGAAACCCUUCCACCAACGUCUCUGUGGUCGUCUUUGACAGCACGAGGGAUGUGGAGGAUGCCCACGCUGGACUACUUAAAGGAAGCAACAGGCAGACGGCGUGGAGGGGCUACCUGACCACCGACAGAGAGGUUCCCGGGCUGGUACUGAUGCAGGACCUGGCCUUCUUGAGCGGCUUCCCGCCGACCUUCAAGGAGACGAGCCAGCUGAGGACCAAGCUGCCUGAGAGCUUGGCCACCAAGAUCCGCCUGUUGCAGCUGUACUCCGAGGCCAGUGUGGCACUCCUGCGACUGAACAACCCCAAGGGCUUCCAGGAGCUGAAUAAGCAGACAAAAAAGAACAUGACCAUCGACGGCAAGGAGCUGACACUCAGCCCUGCGUACCUGCUAUGGGACCUUGGCGCCAUCAGUCAGUCCAAGCAGGAUGAAGAUGUCUCCGCCAGCCGCUUCGAGGACAAUGAGGAGCUGAGGUACUCGCUGCGCUCCGUGGAGAAGCACGCGCCCUGGGUCCGCAACGUCUUCAUCGUCACCAAUGGGCAGAUUCCGUCCUGGCUGAACCUGGACAACCCUCGUGUGACAAUCGUCACACACCAGGAAGUCUUCCGGAACCUGAGCCACCUGCCUACCUUCAGCUCCCCGGCCAUUGAGAGUCACAUCCAUCGCAUCGAGGGGCUGUCACAAAAGUUCAUCUACCUGAACGAUGACGUCAUGUUUGGCAAGGACGUGUGGCCGGAUGACUUCUACAGCCACUCCAAGGGGCAGAAGGUUUACCUGACAUGGCCUGUGCCGAACUGUGCCGAGGGCUGCCCAGGCUCAUGGAUUAAGGAUGGCUACUGUGACAAGGCCUGCAACAACUCGGCCUGUGAUUGGGACGGUGGCGACUGUGCAGGGAGCAGCGGAGGCAGCCGCUACGUGGCCGGCGGUGGCGGUGUGGGCAGCGUGGGCGGCGGGCAGCCCUGGCAGUUCGGGGGCGGCCUCAGCAGCGUCUCCUACUGCAACCAGGGCUGUGCGAACUCCUGGCUCGCCGACAAGUUCUGUGACCAGGCCUGCAACGUCCUGGCCUGUGGGUUCGACGCCGGCGACUGUGGCCAAGAUCAUUUUCACGAGUUGUACAAAGUAACCCUUCUCCCAAACCAGACGCACUAUGUUCUUCCGAAGGGCGAGCGGCUGCCCUACUUCAGCUUUGCAGAGAUCGCCAAGAGAGGCGUGGAGGGGUCCUACAGCGACAACCCUGUGAUCCGACACGCGUCGGUUGCCAACAAGUGGAAGACCGUGCACCUGCUGCUGCACGGCGGCAUGAACGCCACCACCCUCUACCUGAACCUCACGCUGCAGGACGCUGCCGACCAGGAGUUCAGGCUGCAGAUAGCCGUUGAGGUGGACACAAGGGAGGGCCCCAUGCUGAACGCCACCACCCAUAGGCCCCGCACACUUGCAGGCAGCCCCACAACGCCACUGCCUGAGGCUGAGGUCCUCUUUGAGGACAUUCCUGAGGAAAAGCGUUUCCCAAAAGCCCACAGGCACGGAGGUGGUCGCACAGGGAGGCUCUUGGAGGAGCUGCGAGUCCCCUGGGUGAAUGUCUCUCUGCUCCCCAGAGAGGCGCAGGCCAGGCUCAGGGUCUUAGACAGGCAGCUGGUGCAGGGUGACAUCACAGAGAAAGGCUACAACUUGUCCAAGUCAGCCUUGCUGAGACCCUUUCUCACAAGCUUCCCAGACGCUGCGGUCAGUCCAGCCCCACUCACAGUUGAGACCAAGGACGGUGUGCAGGCCCCAGGAAAGCUGGAUCGCAGAACCCCCAACAGUGUCAAAGGCACGCAGAAAUCCCAGCCGCCACCUUCCCCGGCAGGGAUGGAGAAAAGGAACAGCAGCAACUCAGCCCCAGCCCUAGUCUUGGAGACCAGAGCCAGGUUUCAGUUGGAAACUGAGGGCCCAGUGCCAGGUACCAGCGAGGUUGGGCUCAGAGGCCAGCUCUCGCUCCCAGUUCCUCCACCUGCAAUGCCUGCGACAGAGGAGAGACUUGUGGUGGAAAAGGAGGGAAAGCAGGCAGAGGCCAUCGCUGCAGACCCUGCAGAUGCUGCCAGAGCCAUGCUGCCCCGGAGGAAGCUGCAGCAGGCCAGCCCUUACAGUGGGUUUCUGCCGUGGGAGAAGACAAAGUACUUCCAGGAUCUCCUGGAGGAGGAAGCAGCGCUCAGGACCCAGCUGGCCUACCUCACCGACAGCAGCCACACUGGCCGGCGGCUCCAGGACACAUUUGCAGAUUCGCUCCGUUACGUGAACAAAAUCCUCAACAGCAAGUUCGGGUUCACGUCACGGAAGGUCCCCGCACACAUGCCGCACAUGGUCGACCGUGUGGUCAUGCAGGAGCUGCAGGACAUGUUCCCUGAGGAGUUUGACAAGACAUCCUUACACAAGGUGCGCCACUCGGAGGACAUGCAGUUCGCCUUCUCCUACUUCUACUACCUCAUGAGCGCCGUGCAGCCGUUGAACGUAUCCCAGGUUUUCGACGAGGUGGACACGGACCACUCAGGUGUCCUCUCAGACCGUGAGAUCCGGACGCUGGCCACCAGGGUCCACGAGCUGCCACUGAGCUUGCAGGAUCUGACUGGUCUGGAGCACAUGCUAAUAAAUUGCUCAAAAAUGCUUCCUGCUAAUGUUACCCAGCUGCAUGCAGUGCCACCCACCCAGGAGGCCUACUAUGACCCCAACCUGCCACCAGUGACCAAGAGUCUGGUGACCAACUGUAAGCCGGUGACUGACAAAAUCCACAAAGCAUACAAGGACAAAAACAAGUACAGGUUUGAGAUCAUGGGGGAGGAAGAAAUCGCUUUUAAAAUGAUCCGAACCAACGUUUCUCAUGUGGUCGGCCAGCUGGAUGACAUAAGGAAAAACCCCAGGAAGUUUGUUUGCUUGAACGACAACAUUGACCACAACCACAAAGACGCGCAGACCGUGAAGGCCGUGCUCCGGGACUUCUAUGAGUCCAUGUUCCCUGUGCCGUCCCAGUUUGAGCUGCCCAGGGAGUACCGGAACCGCUUCUUGCACAUGCACGAACUGCGGGAGUGGAGGGCCUACCGCGACAAGCUGAAGUUCUGGACCCACUGUGUCCUGGCCACACUGAUCAUUUUCACAGUCUUCUCAUUUUUUGCUGAGCAGUUAAUUGCUCUUAAGCGGAAGGUGUUUCCCAGGAGGCGGGUACACAAAGAAGCCAGCCCAGAUCGCAUCAAGGUUUAGAAAGUGCUGGCUUGGAAGUCUGGAAGUCACCUACCUCAGUGUCCCCGAGCUGGAUGACCACCACCGCCUGGGAUCUUGGCACACGCCACGCCGCUGUGACAGGCAGCUCUGAGCUAGCUGGUCCUGCUUUUAAGGUGUUCGCUCGUGGACCUGUCGUCCUUUUAAUAAAAAGGCUGCUGGGCGCUGGGCAUGGUGGCACCUGCCUGUGAAGGCAGCACUCAGGAAGCUGAGGCAGAGGAUUGUUGUGAGCUCAAGACCAG